AUGGGCAACCAAAUAAAAAACAUAAUCUUGAAGGCUUCGUUAGAAAGGCUUCCUUCAUUCAAAGAUGAGAUUGGCAAGUUGUUGACUACCCUUGACAAUGUAGGGGCGGACGUCUCAUCCCUACGAGCUAUGAUUGAUGCACUUAUGGUAACCGCAGUUGACUAUUGUUCUGCACACUCUGCUUACUCCCAAAAGCUGUCUCCCGAGGUUCAAAGUGAUCAUUUAGCUGCUGUCGACUCUUCACUUUCUGUUGCCUUGGCUCUGCAACAAGCUGAAGAGGUUCAUCAAUUUUCUAUACUUGAGUCUAUUAAAUCUGCCAACACAUGUAUGGAGGAGUUGAAGAGAGAACAAGAGCAAUUGGAGUCAAGACUGCGUCAAUUAAACGAAUCACUUUCAAAGAGUGAUGCACAACUUUCUUAUCAUCAUGGUGAGGUUGCCCGUUUGAGAGAGGAUAAGAAUGCAGUUGAAGAAGCUCCUGUAUUAUCCACUGCCGAUGCUGAGACUUUAGAUGCGUUACGAGUUUCUUUUGAGAGAUUGCGUAACGGCUUCAAGGACUUGUCUUGGGAAUAG